AGAGCCUUGCUUGGUUCAGCUCGUGUCGGCGCACUUGCAGCGUCUUGUUGAAGCGUAGCCGUAUCGUAGUGAGUUUGUUGACAAUUGGAAAAACGAUGGCUGCCGAAACAGACAAGAAGGAUGCAGAAUCCUCAGGGCCAAAAGACAGAGAGCGGAGACGCAGCCGUUCCCGAGAUCGUAAAGUCCGCCACAGGUCUCGCGAAAGGAAUCGCUCCAAAUCUGCAGAACGGGACCGUCGCAUGAAAGACAAGGACAGAGACAAAGAUCGAGACCGAGAUAAGGACAGAGAGCGGGGCCGUAAGGAGAGAGAUGCUCAUCGGCGUGAUAAGGAUCGGAGCAAGAGGUCCAGGAGUCUCUCCCCAAAGUCAAAGGAUGCAAAGCUAAAGAGAGAGAGGGAUAUAAAAACAGAAGAGGAGGAAGAUGAAAAGAAGAAGAAAGAUAAGGCCCAGCCCCUUUCAUUAGAAGAGCUUCUGGCCAAAAAAAAAGCAGAAGAGGAAGCUGAGGCAAAGCCCAAAUUUCUGUCCAAAGAAGAGCGAGAAGCCGAGGCAUUGAAAAGGAGGGCACAACAAACAGAGGAGAGGAGGAGGUUGUUGGAAGAAGAUAGGAAAAAGAGAAGAAUGUUCCAGGACAUGGGGAGAAAAAUGAUGGAGGACCCACAGGAAAGGGAGCGACGUGAGCGGAGAGAGCGAAUGGAACGAGAGAACAAUGGGAAUGAAGAUGAUGAAGGAAGGCUAAAACUCAGAGAGGAGAAGGAUAAAGGCAAAGAGCUUCAGGCCAUCAAGGAGCGUUAUCUUGGUGGGCUCAAGAAACGUCGGCGAACUCGUCACCUGAAUGACAGGAAGUUUGUGUUUGAGUGGGAUGCUUCUGAAGACACAUCAGUGGACUACAAUCCAAUUUACAAAGAAAAGCAUCACGUGCAGCUGUAUGGACGAGGCUUCAUCGCUGGCAUCGACUUGAAGCAGCAGAAGAGAGAGCAGUCACGUUUCUAUGGCGACCUGAUGGAGAAAAGGCGCACACUGGAAGAGAAGGAGCAGGAAGAGACGAGACUGAAGAAGAUGCGUAAGAAGGAGGCCAAGCAGCGCUGGGACGACAGACACUGGUCCCAGAAGAAACUGGACGAGAUGACGGACAGAGACUGGCGAAUCUUCAGAGAGGACUACAGCAUCACAACUAAGGGAGGAAAAAUCCCGAAUCCCAUCAGGAACUGGAAGGAGUACUCACUGCCAGCACAUAUUUUGGAGGUCAUCGACAAAUGUGGCUACAAGGAUCCAACACCUAUUCAGAGGCAGGCCAUUCCCAUUGGCUUACAGAACCGUGACAUCAUCGGUGUGGCUGAGACUGGCAGUGGUAAAACUGCUGCUUUCCUGAUUCCACUGCUUGUCUGGAUUACUACUCUGCCAAAAAUAGACAGGAUUGAAGACUCAGACCAGGGUCCUUAUGCUGUGAUCCUGGCUCCUACUCGUGAGUUGGCGCAGCAGAUUGAAGAAGAGACUCUGAAGUUUGGUAAACCUCUCGGCAUCCGUACAGUGGCUGUGAUUGGAGGAAUCUCCAGAGAGGACCAGGGCUUCCGUCUCAGGAUGGGAUGCGAGAUUGUCAUCGCGACCCCUGGUCGUUUGAUUGACGUGCUGGAGAACAGAUAUCUGGUCCUGGGCCGCUGCACCUAUGUGGUACUUGAUGAGGCCGAUCGUAUGAUUGACAUGGGCUUCGAGCCAGAUGUCCAAAAGAUUCUCGAGUACAUCCCAGUGACCAAUCAGAAACCUGACACAGAUGAAGCAGAGGACCCUGAGAAGAUGAAGAUGAACUUUGAAUCAGGAAAACAUAAAUACAGACAAACGGUCAUGUUCACAGCUACCAUGCCUCCAGCUGUGGAGAGACUGGCCAGGAGCUACUUGAGACGUCCUGCGGUGGUGUACAUAGGGUCUGCUGGCAAACCUCACGAGAGAGUCGAACAGAAGGUCCUGCUUAUGUCAGAGGGAGAGAAGAGGAAGAAGCUUCUGGAGGUGUUGUCCCGUGGCUUCGAGCCUCCCAUCAUUAUCUUCGUCAACCAGAAGAAGGGUUGCGAUGUGCUGGCCAAGUCUUUGGAGAAGAUGGGGUACAAUGCCUGCACGCUGCACGGUGGCAAAGGCCAGGAGCAGAGAGAGUUUGCUCUCUCCAAUCUCAAGGCUGGAUCCAAAGAUAUUCUGGUGGCCACAGACGUUGCUGGUCGAGGUAUUGAUAUCCAGGACGUCUCCAUGGUCCUUAACUACGACAUGGCUAAGAACAUUGAAGACUACAUCCAUCGUAUCGGUCGUACUGGUCGUGCGGGUAAGAGUGGUGUGGCCAUGACGUUCCUCACCAAAGAGGACUCGGCUGUGUUCUACGACCUGAAGCAGGCCAUCCUCGAGAGCCCGGUCUCCACCUGCCCCCCAGAGCUGACCAACCACCCGGACGCUCAGCACAAACCUGGAACCAUCCUGACCAAGAAGCGACGCGAGGAGACCAUCUUUGCCUGAUUUGCUGCGGCCGAUUCAGACUCUUUUUGUCCCGUGUCGUAUCCACACACAAUCUGUCUGUCUCUGUUCUGCAUCUUACAUUUUGAAGUGAUUUGUGCUCAUGGUCUAUUUCUCACCUUAUUUCCCAUUCUGUCAGACUGUUUGUGUCUGCAGACAGAAACACAUCAGGUGCCACAGAAUUGAACCCAGCAGUGAGAUAAAAAGUCAGUUUUCAUCAUGUCUGUAAAUGUGAGUAUGUUUGCUCAUUUCAGAGACUUGGAUUACUUAACAGGACACUGAUCGUCUACACUGUAAAAUGGCUGCUCUCUAUUAAAUGUGAUAAAUACCAGCUGGGAGGCCACUGCACAUGUGUAGUAAGUGCUAAAGUUUUGAUUAUGUUUUUUUGGAAACCAUUACAUCAUUUGAGUUUGCUCACUGUUGAUGAGACCAAUGCCAGUGCUUUUACUUCAAAUUCAUCAGAUGACUUAAUUGCAGUUUGUUGUUUUAAAUACAUUUGUAUGAAGUGAAUAUAA